GUGUGUGGCUGUGUGGGUGCCUCUGUACGUGCCCGUACGGGUGUGAGAUUGCGGGGUGAGAGUUACAACAGCCGUGCCCUGCUGCUGCUGCUGCCUGCAAGGUCCUGCAAGGUCAUGCCCGCCUGCUGCCCGGUCAUGCCUCUCGCGUGCGAAACCGCGGACAGCACGGCCGACAGAGGCCGCAAGGGGCUGGGGGCGGCGGGAAGCCCAGGGAGGCCAUCGGAGGUGGCGCCCGGACAGGCGAGGCCCGGCAGGGAGAGCUGGGGGAGAAAAAUGGAUUUCCUGAUGUCGGGCGUGGCCUACGGCGUGGGCCUGGGUAACGUAUGGCGGUUCCCCUACCUCUGCUACAAGAACGGUGGAGGGGCGUUCCUCGUGCCGUACGGGCUCACGGUGGUGUGCGUGGGCAUCCCCCUCUUCUUCCUCGAGGUGGCGCUGGGGCAGCUCACGCAGCAGGGCACCAUCGGCGUGUGGAAGAUCGUGCCGCUCUUCACCGGCGUCGGUGUGGCGUCGAUGGUGGUCGUCUUCCUCAGCGACCUCUACUACAUCGUGGUCCUGGCCUGGUCCCUCUACUACCUUCUGCACAGCCUGACCACGGCCCAGUUGCCCUGGACCCACUGCCGGGGCUGGUGGGCGACGGCUGCCUGCUCCGAGACGUACGCGCCGUGUCCGUCCAACGCGAGCGGCCUCCUCCGCAACGUCUCGCUGUCCCGAGGCCUGGGCAGCUCGCGUGCGGCCAGCAACGCCAGCGAGGGAGUUUCGGCGUGCCAGGACACGACAUCGCCCGCCGUGGAAUUCUGGGAGCGGAACGUGCUGCGUGUGUCGUCGGGGAUGCACGACCUGGGCUCCGUGAAUUGGGAGAUGCUGCUGUGCCUCUUGGCCGUCUGGCUCCUGGUCUACUUCUCCGUGUGGAAGGGAAUCAAGUUCUCUGGCAAGGUGGUGUACGUGACGGGCACCGUGCCGUACGUGCUGCUGCUGGUGCUGCUCGUGCGAGGAGCCACGCUGCCCGGCGCUCUCGACGGCAUCGUCUACUAUCUCCAACCCGACUGGGACAAACUCGCCACGCCACAGGUGUGGGUGGAGGCGAGCACGCAGGUGUUCUACUGCUACGGCGUGGGCUUCGGAGUUCUGCCCGCGCUGGGCAGCUACAACAAGUUCCACAACAACUGCUACCGGGACAGCAUUAUUCUGACGAUCAUCAACAGCGCCACGAGCCUCUUCUCCGGCUUCGUCGUAUUCUCCUUCCUGGGCUUCAUGGCGCGCGAGCAGGGCGUGGACAUCAGCCAUGUCGCCGAGACUGGCCCCGGGCUGGUGUUUGUGGUUUACCCGCGCGCUAUCUCCCUGCUGCCGGUGCCUGCUCUCUGGGCCGCCCUGCUCUUCAUCAUGCUCCUGCUGCUUGGCGUGGACAGCGAGUUUGCGGGGAUGGAGGGGUUUGUGACGGGGCUCACGGACUUGUUCCCGUCCCAGCUGAGUGGCAAGAGGCGGCGUGAGGCCUUCACGGGUCUCUGCUGCCUCGUCAGCUUCCUCCUCUCCGUCACCAUGGUGACUCAGGGUGGCAUUUAUGUGUUCCAGCUGUUUGACAGCUACGCAGCCAGCGGCAUCUCCAUGCUGUGGCUCAUGGGCUGGGAGUGCAUCGCUGUGGCUUGGGUUUACGGAGUCAAUCGGUUCAUGCAGGACCUGACGGCGAUGCUCGGGUUCCGUCCGCACGCAUGGGUGCGGUGGUGCUGGAGCGUGCUCAGCCCUGCCGUGUGCUUGGGGAUCUUCGUGUUCCACCUGGUGCACUACGAGCGGCUCGUGUACAACGGCCGCUACGAGUACCCCGGCUGGGCCGAGGCUCUGGGCUGGCUGCUCGCGCUCUCCUCCAUGCUGUGCAUCCCGGCCGUGGCGCUCUACAAGCUCGCCGCUGCCAGGGGCAGCCUCGCACAGCGCUGGCGUCACCUGACGUCGCCCGUCUCACUCGAGCUACCGCUUCACUUCCAUCAGCCGCUCCCGUCGGAGCUGCCUCUGCUGCCCGCAGCUAAAUAAAGGCCUGGGCUCCAGGCUUGGCUCGCACUCUGCUUCAGGCUGUCCAUGGUGAGCAGCCACCAGUAUGAGCAAUGUCGCCGACAAGCCACAUCACUGCCUUCACCUGAACCCAUUAUCAUCGCUAUGGUUAUGCUCGUUUACCCAGGAGGGCUCCGCUAAGUUUUCGCAGUAGAUGAUUGCUCUGUGUAUAUUCAGUGGACCAUGAUGCCGGGACACGAUGGUCUACUCUUGCGAAUUACAUCACUGGGCCGUUAACAUCCACUAUCAGUGAAGCAGGUGGCGCGUGGUAGUAUAAUCACAGUUGUUACACUGCAGUACUUACCAGGGCGGCCACUGGAUUUGAACCGCGAACCUCUGUGGCGAGCGGGGGAGCGCACUUCCGCCGGGCCACGUACCGAGCAGCCGCCCCACACGUUUUGGCACCUCUAUUGAUGCCAGCAUCGUGCAUUGGUGCCGUGUCCUUUUCUCUUUUAUCUGCGUCUCUCCACGUCGCUCGGUAUUUUUGCUGCAUUUCCUGUGCCUCUGAUUCCAUACAUGUUUCUCUUCUCCAAAUUGCACAUUAUUG